GCCAGCACGAUGGUCCUACACAUUUCAGACCCUCUCCUUCAUGAGCCGGCUGAAAGUGCAGUUGGAGCCCACCCCAGGGAGACUCCUGCAGGCAGACACGUCUGUGAGGGUCUUUGAGAGAUCUGUGUACAGUGACAGGUUUACUGACUGUCUCCUGCACUCAAGCUCCAGGCUCAGCUCCAGGGCAACACCAGAGAACACAGCCGUCGUCCCUGUUCCCUGAGAAUGCUACUUCACCAAGGACUACAUACAUACUCACAAGUGUGGUGUGUGUUCCAGAGGACAGUGACUUCAGGGAAGAAGAAAUAGAAGUAACAAAAACAUCAGUGUGGCAUUAGAUCAAAGCUCAGGGUUGCUAGGUCCUUCAGCCUUGUUCUACGUGCAACUCCCCAUCCCCUUCUCUUUACCCCCCCCCCUUCUGCCCAUCACUACCAGCUAUGGAGAAACAGGGCAAGCACCUACCUCAGGAGAGGCAAAGGCCCCCUUUAUAGGCUUAGUCAUUUUUGUUUGCAAGAUGUAAGUUCGUCUAAUAUUGUCUGUGGAGAAGCUGGCAACACUGUUUAAUUCUUGUCACCCUCAGUGAGCUUUAGCUAAAACAUUCUAGUCUGGGCAAGUUCACUUUUGGAGUUUGCAAAUGAGCUACUUUGUGGCCUAGGAAAAACAGUUCCGAUGGCUUGGAGCUGUGGGCUACUGAGUGGCAAUCACCGUCCUGAGCACUUGACAAACAUGAUCUGCAGUUGUCACUCCAUGUGUUGUGAGGCGCUGUAUCUUCCCAAGGCAACAUGGGCUGUGGAAGCUGCAACUGGGAUCAGACUCUGCAGAGUCAUUUUAAAGCCACUCUCUUAAAAAUGACACAGCUUUGCAGUUUGCACUUCCCUGAGCCAGUCACACAGGAGUUUGGUUUUCAGUUUUUCAGAAGUGGCCAGUUGCUGACUGUUGCUUUAAAAACUGGGGUUCAUCGUUGCUGAUGUAAAUUUUGUUUUGUAUCAAGCUUUAAAAGCAGAAUUGACCCUUUCUGAAGCCAUGGUUUAUAUACAGCUCUGAUUUCUCAAUUUAUCAGAUCCUCCUUUUCUUGUGCAAGUAAGCAAAGAGGGAAGUUAGUUUGAUAAUCAGCAUUAGCCUUGUUUGAUCUGAGUGGAAGCUCAGCAGAGGAAGCUAGGUUCCUAUAUGCUCUGGAGGGGAGGUUGCUCUCUUUGUCCUACUGAAGCCAGCUCCAGAGUUGACACCACAGGAAGAUCACUCCCUUGCUUCUCAGCCACAAAGCAGGAUGGCUCAGCAGCUGAAGACUCAACAGCCCUCACUCAAAAUUCUUGAAAUUCUCACUCGAAGGGUGGUUUUACCCUGCGUUCACUUGGGUUUGGUUUGGAGUCUUGCUGUAGUAAUGAGGAAAUCUCAAAGGUUCAGGCCUAUGCACAUGCUGUGUGUCUUGGUGUAUUAGUCAGAGUUUCUGUUCCUGCCCAAACAUCAUAACCAAGAAGCAAGUUGGGGAGGAAAAGGUUUAUUCAGCUUACACUUCCACAUUGCUAUUCAUCACCAAAGGAAGUCAGAACUGGAACUCAAGCAGGUCAGGAAGCAGGAGCUGAUGCAGAGGCCAUGGAGGGAUGUUAACAUACUGGCUUGCUUUCCCUGGCUUGCUCAGCUUGCUCUCUUAUAGAAACCAAGACCACCAGUCCAGGGACGGCACCACCCACAAUGGGCUGGGUCCUUCCACCUUGACCACUAGUUGAGAAAAUGCCCUACAGCUGGGUCUCGUGAAGGCAUUUCCACAAAUGAGGCUCCUUUUCUGUGAUAACUCAGCUUGUGUCAAGUUGACACACAAAACUAGCCAGUACACUUGCCUAGAGUCCUUUUCCUUAUAAUGGGUUACUCUGUGUGUGUGUGUGUGUGUGUGUGUGUGUGUGUGUGUGUGUGUGUGAGAGAGAGAGAGAGAGAGAGAGACAGAGAGAGAGAGACAGAGACAGAGACAGAGACAGAGAGACAGAGAGAGACAGAGAGAGAAAGAAGAAGAAGAAGGAGGAGGAGGAGGAGGAAGAAGAGGGGGAGGGAGGGAGGAAGGGAGGGAGGGAUGUGGCAUGGCCUGUGUCAGGUGCUGUUUGAGUAGGGUGGGAGCUGUAGAAUGAGAAUUCAGAUUUCCAGGGCUGGAAAGACGGUCUAGCAGUUAAGAGCAUUUGCUUCUCUUAUAGAAGAGCCAAAGUUCAUUCUCAAUACCCAAAUCAAAUGGCUCAGCUUCCUGUAUGUCCAGCCCAAAGAAUACAAUGGCCUCUUCUGGUCUCCACAAACAUCCUCAUGUACUUACACAAGCCCACACACAAACAUACAUACACACACACACACACACACACACACACACACACACACAAACAAUAAAAAUACAUUUUUUAAACUUUGUAUUGGUUUUUCGUGAGUUUCACAUCAUGCACCCCAGUCCCACUCAUCUCACCGUCCCAUUGUAUCUGCCCUCCACACUUGCAACCUCCCCUCCCAAAAGAAAACACACAAACAAAAACAAUAAAUAAAACAGAGCAUAGAAAACAUCAUGGAAGCUGUAGUGUGCCACAGCAUAUCCCAUGGUAUACCUCUCUGUCCACACAUCUUCACUGUAAAUGUUUAUUGCAAUGAGUCAUUGGUCUGGUUUGAGGUCUCUGGCUUCUGUCAUACCAUCAAUAUUGGGUCCUCACUGGGACUCCUUCUAGUUAUCCUGUUGCUACCCUGUGCCAUGGAGACCAGCCCUUUCACACACUCCCAACAGAUAAUGGGGUGGGCAAACUCAAAUCCCUGGGUCUGGGCAUGGGUGGUAGCUGAGCAGAUCAGCCUGCUGGCCCUCCCACAUCUGCACCUCCCUGAGGCUCUCCAGCCCUGCUCAGGUUAGGCCACCCAGUGCUGCCAUCAGCAGGAGGCAGGGUCAGCUUUCCUACUGCCAUGCCCUCAGAGCCAGCUCCAUGGUGCCAUCCAGGCAAGCGCGAGGCCCACUCUCCCAAGGGCUGGGACAGCUGUCCAGCUCAUACCCAUCAGGACAGCUCCACUGUGCUGCUCUGGCAAGGCAAGACCAGCUCUUCUGCUCUCAUGGCCUCGAGGACAGCUCUCCCAACUACUGCAGGUAUAUCUUUGCGAAGAAUCUGUUUGAAAAUGGCUCCCUCAGUGACGUCGAAUGGCACAUCUAUCAGGACUGGCACUCCUUCCUCCUGCAGGAGUUUGAAGACCGGCUUUUGUUACAUGGCUUCAUCUACCUCCAGGCUUCUCCCCAGGUUUGCAUGGAAAGACUGUGUCAGAGGGGCAGAGAAGAAGAGAAAGGGAUUGAGUUGGCCUAUCUUAAACAGCUACAUGGGCAACAUGAAGACUGGUUUAUUAACAAGACUACCAAGCUCCACUUCGAGGCUCUGCGGCAUGUGCCGGUGCUGGUGUUGAACAUCAGUGAGGAUUUCUCUGAAAAUGCCGCCAAACAAGAAGAGCUCAUGGGGCAGGUGAGCAGAGCCUGGCUUCUCCUGGUUCCCAGUGCAGAGCUCUCGUCUUCCUGGUCUCUGUGUCAGGCCUUGUUACUUUGUACUUCAAAUUGCAUUUCAUACUCCAGAACCCUGAGAUCAUAGGCAAAUUACAGGUAAAAUUCCCAGCUCUGAAGUACACUGGAUUAGAAUGUCAGUUAGGUGACUCUUAGCAUGUGUGGGCCAGCUGACCCCUCCUGUAAGGUGUUGGAAAGUGAGGGACAGGAGGCACUGGGGCUCUGUUCCCAGCUUCCACUCCCUGCUGUCAUGGGACUGGAGUCACAUACCCUGAGGGAAGCACUGAGACUGCAGUGUAACAUUAGCUCUCCUUUCCCUGCAGGUAAACACCUUCAUGAGGAACCUGUAAGCAAUAGGUAGACAUCUUGACUGUAGUCUGGGCUCUGACUUUCAAUGUUGACCUGCCAUCCAUCCCAUUAUACACAUCUCCUCAACCCUCAUGCACCCCCACACUUGGACUGUGCUGUCUUCAUACUGCCAUUGCCUUUUUUUUUUUUUUAAUAAUCUCAAGCACUUUAAAAAUAAAGCUGACUUUGCUAUUUUUCUAA